GCAAACAUUGAUCAACACUUAACAGAAACCACUGCUGUCAGAACAGUCAUCCAGGACUGCAGAACCAGUCAAACAAACAGCCAACCAGUCUAUAAUCCUCUAACGUGAAACACGAAAACAAAACCUGGAUCUGUCAUCAUCACAACUGCCAGCUAGCCGUUUUUAUGUAUUACCAUGGCAACGAGGUACAACGGAAGUUUCCCUCCGUCGAGCUUCAGCUUGUACCGUUAAUAUCCUCUAGAAAACGAAUAUACCUCCUAGUGAAGUUAAUCAGGACAAUGUUAGAUAGUUUGUGCAGGUGGCUGAACGACGAGCUUAGGCUCUCCCAAACUGUAGAGCCCAGAAACUUUGCUAAGUAUUUCUCCGAUGGGUACCUGUUUGGAGAGAUUCUUCAUAAAUAUCAGAUGCAGGAGGAUUUUAACAUGUUUUUGAAAAAGGGCACCUCCAUCGCCAAAGUCAAUAACUUCUCACGACUUCGUCCAAGUUUGAAGCUACUGGGGGUCUCCUAUAAUAUCAACAUAGCUCAAGACGUGAUGAAGGAGAAACUGGAUGUUGUCACCAACCUUCUUUACCAGCUCUAUGUGGCGUUUAAAGAGAAGAAGAGUCCAGGAGGCGGCCGAGCAGCGAUGCAGCCCAUAGCCAGGGUUCAGCUGCACAAAGAAGGGCAUGAAUCAUCCUCCAUUGUAAGAACACUCAAUAGAUGUCGCCUUCCUCCGCUGGUCAAACCCAGUGCAGAUCAGAAUCUUCCAAAAAUUGCUCAGCACUGUACAGAUCAAGGCCGACAAGUGAAGCAAAAGAAGCAAAUUAAAAUCCCAGAAUUAAAAACGAUGGAAAAGGUUAGAAAGAUGUCACAGGUCUGUCAUCAGAGGCACGAUGACUCCACUGAAGACCCUACAGAGCUGCUAAUGAAAUCUUCCUUCAGUUUAAAUCUCAGCAGAAAGGACAAGAAGCAGCAGCUCAAAGAAAUGGAAACACAGAUGGUCCAGGCAGAAAUUGCUAAAUUUGAGGAGAAACAGCGUAAGCCUGUUACUUCUGGUUUUGCUUCCUUGCCAAGCGAUCAACCCACUCAUGUAGAUACCUCUCUUUGGGCCAUCAAACAUGGCAGUGGAGUCUCUGAAAGUAACAAUGAACUGAUGUUACAAUCCAAUAAAGAGUAUAUACAGAGGAUCCGCCAGCGAAUGAAGGAAGAUGCUGUGACUCAAAAGGAGAGACAAAAAAGAGUAGACCGAUUUCUGGUGGAGCAGGGGAAAGCUCUCCAAGCUCAGCUGGAGGAACAAUUCGACGAGCAACUGGUACGGUGUAUGACACGUCAGUCGCAGCGAGAGAAGUGUUUGGUGAAAUACCUGAUGCAGAUACGUAGGGAAAAGGAGGUGAUUAUUGAGAAUCGCCGUUUCAGAGACCAGCAGUACCACCAGCAAAGAGAAAGAGACUUUCAAGAAGCUCUGGUCAGGAAGGCGGUUCUGGCCCAGUGUGCUAAAUUGGCUCGAGAAGAAGAAAUCCAAAAGGAGCUGGAAUUAUGUAAGAGGAUGGGUGCAGAGCGUGUUGAGAGCAGACACAAAGAGCAUUUUGCCAUCUGCUUGAAUGUUUUGGGAGAGAUGGUGGACUUAGCAACCACAGUUGGAGAAUAUCGCGUCUUCACAGGGAAUGUCCCUACGGAUAAGAAGAAUAAAGAGUGGAAGGAAUUGUUCCUUAGAGGUAUUCCUUUUUAUGAGCCAAAAAACCCCUCUCAACCAGAACCUGGAUUCUCUGUUUCAUUAGACUCUUUACAGCUUAAGAAACUGGAGGUACUCAACAACCUGGAUUAUGAGGAAUACAUUAAUAUGGUCGGCGAAUGGUUGUGGCCAAAAGAUGGACAUGGCCCCAAAUUACCUCCAGGCCCCAACAACACUCUGGCCCAUGUUGUCCAUCAACUUCAAACACUUGCUCAUCCUCCCAUUGUGGAAUCGUCAGCAUCCUCAUUUCCUCGAUUCCGUAUCAAAGCCUGCGUCCUGGGAAAGUUUUGCUCAGGCAAAACCACCUGUCUGGCCAAGAUUGCUGAAGCACUUGGCGUCAGAGUGUUAUCAACUAACACACUGAUUGAAGAAGCUCUGAAGCCUUUUAAAGAUGGAGAAGAGGUCACAAAUCAACAGGACGAGACGAGUGAUGAGCAGCUGUAUAUAUCCUCCACAUCAGAUGUUAACAGACAAGAAGAAAAAGGAGAACGUAUUUACACACUGCCCUCGCAUGCAGUGCUAGGAGCAGCAGAUCUGAAGGAGAUGAGGAAAGGAAACGCUGUUCCAAAUGAGUUGAUUGUGAAGAUUUUAGUCAAAGCAAUCAGUCAAGUUCCAGCUCAGUCAGGUUGGAUCCUGGAUGGCUUUCCAAAUAAUGUAACUCAGGCUCGUAUGCUGGAGAAAGCUUUGGGAGGGACCGUGGAUGAAGAAGAGGACUUUGUAAACAACACAGCAGAACCUGAUGCCUUUCCAUACUUAUCUAAACCUCCACCAGCUCCAACUUCACCUGUUCUUGACCUGGCUCUCUUGCUGGAUAUACCUGAUGAGUGUGUGGUUAGACGGGCACACAGCCAUGGGGAUCCAGAUGCUGCCGCAGCCUCCCAACAGGAAGAGGACGUCAUGUAUCGUGCACAGAUUCCUCACAGGAUUGCAGCUUUCUCAGAUGCCUGGCCAGAACUGGAGGCAUGGUUCGGCGAUGAGCAAAACAUUUUAAUUCGUCUCAACGCUGAUGUGGAGGAGGAGGAGCUUUACAGAUCAGUGGAGUCUGUUUUGCAGCAAAUUAUUGAAAGACAAGAUGAAGAGCAUCCUGCCAACCUGUCCCCUUCCUCUGUGUCCAAUGCUGCGUCUGAUGAGGGAAACAUGGUCCGACCUGAAUCAGGCUCAGAGAGUCCACUCUACGUAAAUGAACCACUGCCUCUAGAUGUAGCAGUUAAGCUGUAUUCAGACUGGGACAAAGGCUGUCAGUCUUAUGCAAACAACAUAAAGCAAGUGAUGCAGAGGCUGCGUCUACAGCUCUCUCUGAUUGAUCAUCACCUUUUCGCCAUCAGAAAAAGAUUCAACCAUUUCCUGGGUCGCCCCGACUUAAGGCAGAUGUUAAUUCUACAAUGGCAGAAGGACUUCAACAGCAUACCAGACGAUAUGAGAGAAGAUGAGGAGACCAAAGAAGAGCUUCAUUUGAGGAUGGAUAAAUUGCAGGAAUGUCUGUUGGAUUUAAUUGGCAAACGUAGAGAAGAAGAUGAGCAAGAGAAGAAGGCUGUCAUGUGUCCUCAAGGGGUGGAGAUGCAGGUCACUUGUCUGGUCAACAACCACUCUAUGAUAAUACAGGAAGAGCUAAGCCGUUUCCAUAAAACACUCUGCACCCUUAAGGUCUACUAUGGGAGCAUGCAAAGACAAGAACCGCUGACUCUAGUCCCCAAAUUCAACAAAAUCUCUCUGCUGAAAAUACCUAAAUAUCAGAAAGCCAAGUGCCCUAAAUCAAAAAAUGAAGCCUCUAUGAUGGAAGACCAGUUUCCAUCAAAACUCAUAAAGUCUUUCCAGAUGAAAUUUUACAAUGACCACAUGCAGGCUUUACAGGCCAUCAGCCAAAUGGUGUCGGCAGCAGAGACAGAGAAAAAGGAGAAACCUUCAAGUGCAGUAAAGCCUAAAAAGAAAAAGCGUCCACCAAAAAAGCAAACAGAGGAUAAGUUAAAGGAGCCUCCAGAAACUACAGAAAACACUCAUGAACAAGAAAUGAGAGAGAAAAUACGUAAGGAAUACAAAACUGCUCAGACUCAUGAGGAAAAAUCAGUCAAGGUUCGCCUUGAGCUUGUGAAAGCCCACGGACUGAUGAUGAUCGACUCCCUGUUGAGUAAACUGCAAGAGACCUUCAGCAUAAUGGAGAAGGGGCUUCAAGACCGCUACCUAUCAGAGAGGAAGUGCAUGGAUCAGCUAUCAGAACUGGUCCGUUACCACAUAGAGGCUGGUGCUAAGCUGCAGUAUGAGCUGGUGUUGGAGGACCGUGAGUUAUAUCUGAAUGGAGAUUAUAAGUUGUAUCCGGAUCCACCUCCCCCCCCCCAUCCUGCUCCUGUGGAGAAACCAAAUCGGUUGAUUGUGACAGUGACUCAGUUGGAAUCGCUCCACUAUCACCUGUCCCACAUUGCUCCAUCAGGCCUCAUGUCCAGUUUUGAUUUCAUUGCUUUUCUUGAAGAUCUGGUUUAUAACAGCCUACGCAGAAACAGGGUUCCUGAAGCCUGGACAGAUAUGAAUCAAACUCAGCUCUCAGAGAUGGUGGCUUUGCUAACUGAUGAAUACGAGCUGAUAGACUGGCGCCGCUUUCUGCUCAGUGCUGCUCUCCCCUGGCCACUUCCCUCUCUUACACAGCUGCUGGAUUUGUUGCACAAAUUCAAGGAAGCAGAUGCUGAUAACACAGGAUAUAUAAACGAGGGCCAGUAUCUACAGGCAGAGUUGUGGUUUUCCAGUGAGAGUGACCAGGAUGUUCCUCAGGACCCGUCCGAGCCUUUACCCUACAACCGUCUAGCAGACCUGCGUAAGUUCUUCUUCCAGCUGUUUGCAGACCCUUCCUCCUCUCCUCCACGGCUGAAUUAUGUGUCCAUGCUCAAGUACUUUGCAGCCGACCCUGACCCCAGAAAGGGGUUCAUCAGAGCCCUUAGUGUCGUGUUGGGACAACAUAUCCAGCAGCCUUCAAAGAGCUUCCUCAUAAAGCCCCUACCUAGCACAGAUGAAACCCCAGAGCUCCCAUCCUUCACGUUUACUGAGGACUACAAAGAAGAGGAAGCUCUGCUGUCAUCCAGCAGCUUUUUUAAAGACCAGGAAGUUCCCAUUUCUGUUUUCCUCGAUGUCACCUGCCACAAAGUCACCAAGAUGGAGGGCAGCACCCCACUUCCUCCAGGGUGCUUGAGUCAGGAAGAACAUAAACUGAAUCUGGAGAAAGCGUUCAGUGAACUGGGAUAUCAGCCUGAUGAACCAGUCCCCUUCUCCAUUAUUUCUCAGCAUCCUUACAUCGACACAAUGAUCGAGACUUCAACACACUUCCAGCUUGUUAACCUCCUGAAUGCUGCUGGGCCUUCAGGGUGAAAAGCAUUUGUCACACUUGAAGCUUUUCAUUAAGAAACAAGCUAGUUUUCUCUACUAGUAUUUACUCAUUCAAAAGUGGAAGAGUUAAACUAUUUGUGUUAACGGUAUAUAAAAGUGUUAACAGAAAUCCACAUGUUCGAUUCAAACUUCAUUCUUUCUUUUUUUUACAUUUUUGACUACACUGGAAACAUAUUUCCCUGUUUUUGUUUGUUUAAGAUAAAGCCAGAUGGUGUGUAAGCAAAUGUUCAGUGCUCUGUUUUAGCUCAAAUAUCCUUCCUGGUGUUUUGGGUAGUUGCCAUGUUUUAAAGUGCCUCACAUUGGAUUUAAUGUUUUAUUCUGGUUUAUCAAAUUAAUAUACCUUCUUGUAGUGUUGUCCUCUUUUAAGGAGUUAACAUUUGCAUGUC